UAUGACUCUGCCAAAGAUCCCACCAAACACCCCAAAGUCAGCAAACACCCCAAGGAUUCUGAGUUCCCUGUGGAUUCCCGCGUUAACCCUUACCUUUCCCAGGUCAAAGGGCAAGCAGCUCAGGCCGCUAAAGCGUCAGGGUUCCGGCUGACGAGCUCCUUGAAGGCCCAUGAGCUGCCCGUGAGCUGCCUGGCACUGCACCCCCGCAAGCAGAUCCUGGUGACGGCCAGCGACGACCGGCUCUGGAAGAUGUGGGGGAUCCCCAACAGGGAGAUCAUCAUGACCGGCGAAGGGCACGCCGACUGGCUGUCCGGCUGCUGCUUCCACCCGGACGGCGGCCAGCUGGCGACCACCAGCGGGGACACGGCCGUGAAGGUCUGGGACUUCUCCAGGGGCGAGUGCGUGCUGACCCUCGAGGGGCACGCCCGCGCCGCCUGGGGCUGCUCUUUCCACACCUGCGGGGACUUCGUCGCGUCCUGCUCCCUGGACAACACCAGCAAGGUCUGGGACCUGCGCAGCGAGAGGUGCCGCUGCACCCUGCGCGGCCACGUCGACUCCGUCAACAGCGUCGUCUUCCUCCCGUUUUCCAACACGCUGCUCACCAGCUCCGCGGACAAGACCCUCUCCCUCUGGGACGCCAGGACCGGCCUGUGCGCCCAGACGUUCUACGGCCACCUGCACUCGUGCAACCACGCCGCCUUCAAUCUGACGGGGGACACGGUCGUGUCCUGCGAUUCCUACGGGGUGGUGAAGCUGUGGGACGUGAGGAAGGUGGCGGCGAUGCUGAGCAUCGACGCCGGCCCCCACCCGGGGAAUCAGACGGCCUUCAGCCCCUCGGGCCGCACGGUGGCGGUCGCCAGCAACGACGGGUCGGUCAAGCUCCUGGACCUGGCUUCUUCCCAAGUGACCAGUUUAGUGGGACACGAAGACGCCGUGCAAAGUGUUGUGUUCAGCCACAGAGGGGAAUAUCUUUUCUCAGGAGGUUCUGAUGGGACAGUACACUUUUGGUCAUAGGAGCACUCUGAAAAGAUCAAAUAACGUUCCUUACAAUAACAAUACAACCUAUAAAGAUAAGAGCAUUGCAGUUAUUCAUUUUGCCAGAGGUGUGUUUGGAUUUCUUACAAUAAAAUAUUAUUAUGUUGCACAUA